AUGGUAUAUCUCAACAAAGACAUACUUUUCCUAAUUUUUGAAGAAUUAAAAAAAGAUAAAAAAUCACUUUAUUCAUGCCUUUUAGUUAACAGAACAUGGUGUGAAACAACGAUACCAAUUUUAUGGAAAAAUCCUUUUAUUAGAGAUGAUAGUCCAAAGAUUAUUUCAUUAUUUAAUGUAAUAAUUUCACAUUUAUCAAAAGAAUCAAGAGAUAUUUUGAAAGAUCAAGGAAUUAAUAAUCUUAUUACAGAAAAAACAUAUCAAAAACCUUUAUUUAAUUAUAUUUUUUUUUGGAAAUAUUUAGAAUUAUCAUACUUAGAAAGUGUAAUAAUUUCUUCAACUUCAAAAAAAGUUGAAGAAUCAAAAUUAUCCAUUAUAAAAAAUGAGAUAUUAAAAGUAUUUAUUAAUAGGAAUACAAAAUUAAUUCACCUUUCUCUUCCAUAUGAUUUUGAUAAUCGAUUACAUCAUAUUUCGGGAGCCGAAAAUUGCCUUUCAGAACUUCAAUCCCUUCGUUGUUUUACCAAAAUUAAUCAACAUCAUUUAGAAGGAUUGGCUAAAAUAUGCAAAUCAAUUAAAAAAUUAAGUGUUAGAGUUUUUACUGAUGUGAAUGAUAUUGUUAAAUUAAUUGAAGUACAAACAAAUCUAAAUGAUGUUAAGUUUGCCAGUAUGAUAGAAGAUGAAUCAAUUUACAAAACUCUUGAAGAAUCAUUGAUUAAACAUGCAGAUACUAUUCAACAUUUGAAAAUUGGAUGGAAACCUAUUACAAGAUUUCUUUCUCACUUUACAAAUUUAUUAAGUUUAGAAUUUUACUUUAUUGAUGGUUAUAUUAAAUGGAAUGAUGUGAAUUAUUUUGAAAAUUUAUCAUUACCCGUUUUAAAAUUUUUAAAAGUUGCAAAAGUUCCAUCUAAAGUAUUAGCGAAAUUAAUUGAAAAUACGAAAGAAACUCUUUCAGAAAUCAGCGCAUUUUAUGAUGAUAAGAUACUUAUUAAAACAAUUUAUCAAAAUUGUCCAAAUUUAAAAUAUCUUAAUUUAACAAUAUUUUCAAAUUUUAAUACUCUUAAUUCAGAAAUUGAGAAUUUAUUAAUUAAUUGUAAACUUUUAAAUGGAUUAAUUAUUGAAAUAGAUGAGGAUAAAAAUAAUGAAUUUAAUUGGGAUGAAUUUUUUAAAAUAUUAACAAAAUCAUCAUCAAAUAAUUUAUUUAAAUUUAAAUUUUGUUUUUAUCAUAAUACGAUUAAAUUAGAAAAUAUAAAAUUAUUUCUUGAUAAUUGGAAAGAUAGAAAUUCUUUAUUAUUAAAAUUAUAUAUUGGAAAUUAUUAUUUUAAAGUGAAAUUUAAACAUCAAUUAGAAAAUUUAAUUAAAGAUUAUAAAAAAAAAGGUAUAGUUAGAAAUUAUUCUAUUGAUUUUCAAUCAUAUAGUCAUAUUGAUGAGUUUGAAUGGGAUUUAUAG